AUGCUUCGCACAACUGCCACACGCUCUCUUCUAAAGAGCCUCACAAAACUUCCCACCUCUCGAGCAACCUAUUCUCAAACCACCUCAACCCUCAAAACCCCCUCUACCUUUCGCACCUCGAUUUCCAAACGACCUUCGCUAGCACUCUCCUCUCGUCUCUUCUAUGCCACCAAAUCCGAACCUCCAUACAUACCCGACCAAAUAAAUACCCAAGAAGAAGCCGCUUUAAAAAAGCAAACCAUUGAACCACAUCCCGAAGCUGUAUCAUUAAAAUCCUCCGUCCGUCCUGUAUUCGAGGAAAAGCCACAUCAUGAAAGCCAUGGAUCGGUAAAAGAUGAUUUGGAAACUAUCAAGGAAACAUUUGCUCUAAGAGAAGUUCCUAGGGAAUCUCUAAUAAUCGGUGCGGCGGGUGUUUUACCAUAUGCUGCUACAUCGGCUUCUACAAUCUAUUUGGCUUAUGAUAUUAAUCAUGCUCAUGCUACUGGACAAGGCAUUUUAUUUUCACCUGAGACGGCUCAUCAAUUGUUGGAUUAUAUUACACCUAUUCAAGUUGGAUAUGGUGCUGUUAUUAUUUCUUUCCUUGGUGCUAUUCAUUGGGGUCUCGAAUACGCGGGCUAUGGCGGACACCACAGCUAUCGUCGAUACAUGAUCGGAGUUGUAGCUCCAGCAGUAGCAUGGCCCACUAUUCUCAUGCCUGUCGAAUACGCACUAAUUACCCAAUUUACCGCCUUCACAUUCCUAUAUUUCACUGAUGCGCGAGCAACAGUUCGAGGAUGGUGUCCUCCUUGGUACAGCACAUAUAGAUUUGUUUUGACAUUUAUCGUUGGAGCGGCCAUUGUAGCAAGUUUGGUGGGUAGAGGAAGAAUUAUUACUCAUGAUAGACAAUUGAAGAGUUCGGUGGAUUAUGUCAAGGAGGAUAGGGAUAAUCAAUGGCUUGCAUUGGAACAAGAGGAGAAGAUGAGAAGGGCGAAGUUAGCAGAAGAGGAAAAGGCAGCCGAGGAAGAUGAAGCAGAAGGUGAAUCUGAGGAUGAGGAAAAGAGUGAUGAUAAAAAAGAAGAUAAGAAGGAAAGUAAAGACGAAAAGUAA